CGCAGCGUAUCCGGCGCCGAUACUUCGGCUGACUGAUCCUCGGAAGUGGAAGAACCAGCGGUUUGCAACGAACGAGUUUGUUUGUGUAUUGUGGAACCAGCCGGCUCAGCUUUGGCUCAGCUGACCGUGUCAUUCCGCAAAAUGUCUUUGUUUGCUUAGUUAGUUUAGUUAUGUGUUAUUUUGAAAGAUUUUGUCAACGGCUAAAUUAAAUAAUUAUAGUGGACAGGGCAGAACCUCGAAACCACUUUUACACUCUCACUCGAUCAUGUUCAGUUCAAAUAUAUCGUCAAGUUCAAUUCAAAUAAAUCACAAGUGAUGAGUCGGUGCGUUUAGAGAUCUGACCGUCUAAGAAUUGGAAGAACAGAAAGGUAGCCGGCGACAACAGUUUCGAGGGUUCACCUACAUUGAGCUCUGCGUCGCCAGUCGCUAUGGCCACGCUCUCUGAUCGGCGUGUCGUCAUGGAGAUCGCCGAGAUCGUGCGGCACGCAGUCAAUACAGCGCGGAUGCAGGCCACCAGAAGGCACCGCAGAGGGUGUCGAGACAGCGAGCAGCCGCCGCCACAGCCGUGCCGUGCCGCCCUCCCUCCUAUAGCGCGCCCAUGACGGCUGAGAAGCCAGCGGCGGCCGCCAAGAAGCUUCAAGCCGUGGGCCAGGAGACUCUGGCGGAGGACAGCCAGGACAGCCUGGCGCGCUACAACACCAUCAUGGUGACCGUGAUCCUGGCCAUUUUCUCACUCUGCGUCAUGGUUACCACUGAGGGUGCUAUGCAGGAGCUGAGAGCCGGCGACUUUUUCUGCAAGCUGGACGGAACGCUGACCUGCCAGAACUACACUGUGCGCUGUGUCGGAGAGGGCUUCAUCAACUGCGACGGUCCGAGCAGCACACGCGAGUCGGCCACCUUGGUGCUGAAGAUGAUGACAUCCGAGUCAGACUUUACCGGUCAGUUUCCCGAUCUUCUCGCCUACCUUCAAUCGCUGGUGACCGCUGGUACGAAAACCAACGACUCGAUGGAUACAGGGGACGUCGUCGUCUUCCCCAAAUCUUCGACAACAUCUGGUGGAGGAUUUGACCUAAGCCAGCCAGCCAAACCUUCAGCGAAGACUGGAGGAUUUGAUCUCAGCCAACCAGCUAAGGUUCCUGUGAAGAGUGGAGGAUUCGAUCUCAGUCAGCCAGCCAAGUCUCCGGCGAAGACAGGAGGAUUUGAUCUUAGUCAGCCUGCCAAGCCAGCAGUGAAGGCAGGAGGAUUUGACCUCAGCCAGCCAGCUAAGGCUCCAGGAAAGACUGGAGGAUUUGAUCUCAGUCAGCCCGCCAAGCCAGCAGUGAAAGCUGGGGGCUUCAAUCCUAGUCAGCCUGCUAAGCCAGCAAUGAAGACUGGAGGAUUUGACCUCAGCCAGCCAGCUAAGGCUCCUGUGAAGACUGGAGAAUUUGACCUCAGUCAGUCCGCCAAGCCAGCAGUGAAAGCUGGGGGCUUCAAUCCUAGUCAGCCUGCUAAGCCAGCAAUGAAGACUGGAGGAUUUGACCUCAGCCAGCCAGCUAAGGCUCCUGUGAAGACUGGAGGAUUUGACCUCAGUCAGUCCGCCGAGCCAGCAGAGAUGGCUGGGGGUUUCGAUCUUAGUCAGCCAGCCAAACCUUCUGUGAAGACUGGAGGAUUUGACCUCAGCCAGCCAGCUAAGGCCCCUGUGAAGACUGGAGGAUUUGACCUCAGCCAGCCAGCUAAGGCCCCUGUGAAGACUGGAGGAUUUGACCUCAGCCAGCCAGCUAAGGCCCCUGUGAAGACUGGAGGAUUUGACCUCAGUCAGCCAGCUAAGGCUCCAGCAGCGACUGGGGGAUUUGACCUCAGUCAACCAGCCAUACCACCAAUGUCGGACGCUCCGGGCCAGCUCAAUAAAGAGACAAAAAUGACAACUACCUCCCCAACAUCAGAGACCCUGCUAACUCCCAGCCUUAGGUCGACCCCCACGGUUUCGCCCGACACCCUCAGUGUCACCACCUCCGCUGGUGUGGCCGCGACCACGGAAACCACCAGCCAGGGAGAACGCCGUCAAAGAGCAGCAGGCCGCGACGACGCAGGACACCAUAGCAUGCCGAUCAAGAAGAAGGCAGAGAGCGAUGACAAACCUGACGGCGGAGAGGGAGAAAAGAAGAAGACUCUUCUUCGGCAGCUGGACAGUUUGAGGACGCAGCUGGUCGACGACAACGAAACAUUCCCCGCCAACUCGUCCACUUCUAAGGCCCUGGACGUGCUGGAGGCGGAACUGCAGCGUCCCGCCGACUCCGAGGGCACCAGCUGCACCGUCGCCCGGAUGGUCUGCAGCGAACUACCUCCACUCAGCAGCUGCACCGGCACCUCCGCCGGAAAAUGCCAUGAGAAGCAGCCGAUGACUCGGGAGGGGAUGAUGGUCGCCCUGCUCGUGCCCAUCACCAUCACCACCAUCGGCAUCAUGAUCUACGUCCUCUUCUGGAAGCGCGUGGGUAGUCAGGUGGACGUGGAACAGCCGAGUGCCGAGCGCGCCGGAGCCGCCAAAAAGGCCGAGGCCGGCGCCAGCCAGCCGGCCGCCUAGGGCCGCUGGCCGGGCGUGGUCCAUCUGAAGACCGGCGGUAGUCGACGGCGCACGCCCGGCCAGCUGCCGUUCGCACCCGCCGCUCCCGCCGGCGCCCGCGCCUCGCCGGCCACCCGUUGUGCCGGCGCCCACACGCCCCGCGACGGCGCCCUGACGCCCGGCCGCUCCGUGAACGAUGACGCCGAGCCCGUCAGACAGCACUCGGACGGAGCCCCGUGAGCUCCGGCGCCCGAAAACGUCCCCCUCUCCGACCUCCGUCACUCAUCGGGGCACUCCCUCGCACAUCGGGGCGCCCCCUCCCCUGAGUUUCAGUAUCCGGAGUGAACGGGCGCACUCGAAGCCACCAAGGUUCAAGGGGUUUUGGGAGUGCCCUACAAUCCGUCAGAAUCGUCCAAGACAGAACGGGAGGCACCCGAUGACCCCCUGGAAUACCAGGAGCGCCCAAGGAAAGCCCUCACCUCACUCAUUCACUACAAGGGAGGACGGCCAACUUUGGUCGUUUGCCUACGUGGGGUUUGAGGGUCACGUCCUGGUGAUGUCUGGUUGAUAAGAUGCAGGUAACGUCCUGUCUAAGCCCAGUGGGAUGCCGCUGAUUGCUGGGGGUAACGGUAGCGCUAGGAUGGGUGGGCUGACCUGCGCCGCGUGCUGCGAAGUCAGGUUUGCUUCAGAAUACGGCUGGUGAGGAUGGUUCGGUAACGACAGGACCGCUGUCCGAAUUGAACAUUAUUUGUCUUGUUCACCGACACGGUUCGAUAUUGUACCCAUGGAGACUUCAAAUGUAUUUGAUGUUAGAUUGAUGUGAAAUGAACACCCUGUAGAGGGUUUGGAAUGACAGUGCGCACCUAAAGAGGAUGAAAUUCAGACCUCCUCACUAUCCACGUUUAUCCUCAAGGCCUAAGUUAUCGAUAACUGGUUGUAAAAGAACAACAAGUAAUGUUACUAUUCUGAAUAAAUCGGUAGGUACAGUU